CCUGCUCUCCCUGGGCUGGGGGCUCGCAAAAGGCUGGGCGAGGCGAGGCGCGGCGCCUCCAAGGCGGCGGGCGGCUCCUCCAACAGCUUCGGGUGAAGAAGGCAGGGACUCCGCUGCCCUAUGCAGUGCCCCGUUACCGCUCGCCUCUCCCGGUAGGAGCCCUUCCAGACAUGCGUCGCUGGAGGAUGUCUGCGUGCAUUGAUGCAUGGGUGCUUCGGUUGGCCUUGAAACCCUUUCGGGCACAUUUGUGCAAGCGGUGCGCGCAUGUCGGCGCCAAGAGCGCGUGAGGAGGGCAGCUGCUCCUUGCAUGUGCUGCAUCUGAACCCCCCCUUGCACACUUCCAUGCACACGCCUUCCUUCCCUCCCCCCCUGCACGGCCACCUGUCUUCCUGCACGUGAACGCAGCCGACUCUGCAGAGGGAUCCCCGGGCAGCUGGCUGUAGCGAGCGCCUUUUCUCCCCCGCGUCUCUCUCCCCAACUUCCUGACCUGCUUUGCUGGCGAUCGGGGCCCUACGCCGGGGUGACCGGGACGGAGACCGGAGGCGGACCCAAUCUCGGCAGCAAGCCCAGCGCCCCCCACCCAUGCUUGUGGCUUCCCCUCCCACCGCGCCCUUUCCAGCGUCUGCGAGCAGGUAGCAUAAAGAGAAGCCUGCAAGUAAUCAGACAACAUGGUUGUGCUGUCGUUGAAGAUAUGUGUCCGCCAGUGCAAUGUGGUCAAGACGAUGCAGUUCGAGCCUUCCACGGCGGUGUACGAUGCAUGCCGUGUUAUUCGUGAGCGAGUGCCAGAGGCUCAAACUGGACAAGCCUCUGACUAUGGGCUAUUCCUAUCUGAUGAAGAUCCACGGAAAGGCAUUUGGCUGGAAGCUGGGAGGACCCUGGACUACUACAUGCUGCGGAAUGGGGAUAUUUUGGAAUACAAGAAGAAACAAAGGCCACAGAAAAUACGGAUGCUGGAUGGGGCGGUGAAGACUGUGAUGGUGGAUGACUCCAAAACCGUCGGAGAAUUGCUGGUGACCAUUUGCAGCCGGAUAGGAAUAACCAAUUAUGAAGAGUACUCCUUGAUCCAGGAGAGCAAUGAAGAAAAAAAGGAGGAGGGCACGGGGACACUGAAGAAAGACCGAACGCUGUUGCGAGAUGAAAAAAAAAUGGAGAAAUUAAAGGCAAAGCUGCAUACAGAUGAUGACUUGAACUGGUUAGAUCACAGUCGAACAUUUCGGGAGCAAGGAGUAGAUGAGAAUGAGACCCUGCUGCUCAGACGCAAAUUCUUCUAUUCGGACCAGAAUGUGGAUUCAAGAGAUCCUGUUCAGCUCAACUUGCUUUACGUUCAGGCUCGUGAUGACAUUCUGAAUGGUUCCCAUCCAGUGUCAUUCGAGAAGGCAUGUGAAUUUGGAGGCUUCCAAGCACAGAUCCAGUUUGGACCUCACGUUGAGCACAAGCACAAACCCGGAUUUUUAGAUCUAAAAGAAUUCCUUCCGAAAGAAUACAUCAAGCAAAGAGGAGCUGAAAAGAGGAUAUUUCAGGAGCACAAAAACUGCGGAGCGAUGACGGAAAUUGAAGCCAAGGUGAAAUACGUGAAGUUGGCCCGGUCUCUGAGAACAUAUGGAGUCUCUUUUUUCCUUGUUAAGGAGAAAAUGAAGGGGAAGAACAAGCUGGUCCCUCGUUUGCUUGGUAUCACCAAGGAGUCGGUGAUGCGUGUGGAUGAGAAGACCAAGGAGGUCCUGCAGGAGUGGCCGCUGACGACCGUGAAGCGCUGGGCAGCCUCGCCAAAAAGCUUCACUCUGGAUUUUGGCGAGUAUCAAGAAAGCUACUACUCGGUACAAACCACUGAAGGCGAACAGAUCUCUCAGCUAAUUGCAGGUUACAUUGACAUCAUCCUCAAGAAGAAGCAAAGCAAGGACCGGUUUGGACUGGAAGGGGAUGAAGAAUCUACAAUGUUGGAAGAAUCUGUAUCGCCUAAAAAAUCGACUAUCUUGCAGCAGCAGUUCAACCGAACGGGAAAGGUGGAGCAUGGCUCCGUUGCGCUGCCGGCUGUCAUGCGUUCAGGCUCCACUGGACCAGAGACAUUCAACGUUGGCAGCAUGCCUUCUCCCCAGCAGCAGGUGGUAGUUGGCCAAAUGCACAGGGGGCACAUGCCUCCCUUGACCUCUGCUCAGCAGGCCUUGAUGGGAACAAUCAACACCAGCAUGCACGCCGUCCAGCAAGCGCAGGCCGACCUCACUGAAGUGGAUAACCUUCCACCUUUAGGAAAUGACAUGGCCUCCAGGGUUUGGGUGCAGAAUAAAGUGGAUGAAUCCAAACACGAAAUACACUCUCAGGUUGAUGCCAUCACUGCAGGAACUGCUUCCGUCGUGAAUCUUACAGCAGGUGAUCCAGUUGACACUGACUACACUGCUGUGGGAUGCGCAAUCACCACCAUCUCUUCAAACCUCACCGAAAUGUCCAAAGGCGUCAAGCUUCUUGCUGCACUCAUAGAUGAUGAAGUGGGGAGUGGGGAGGACUUACUGAAAGCUGCUCGAACGCUAGCAGGGGCUGUUUCAGACUUGCUGAAGGCUGUGGAGCCAACAUCAGGAGAGCCUCGCCAGACAGUCCUGACAGCCGCCGGGAGCAUCGGGCAAGCCAGUGGGGAUCUUCUCAGGCAGAUCGGAGAGAAUGAAACGGAUGAACGAUUCCAGGAUGUGCUGAUGAGUCUUGCCAAAGCUGUUGCCAAUGCUGCCGCCAUGUUGGUCUUGAAGGCCAAGAACGUGGCUCAAGUGGCUGAAGACGCAGUUCUGCAGAACAGAGUGAUCGCUGCUGCUACACAGUGUGCCCUCUCCACCUCCCAGCUGGUGGCUUGUGCAAAGGUUGUGAGUCCAACCAUCAGUUCCCCUGUGUGUCAGGAGCAGUUGAUAGAGGCUGGGAAGCUGGUGGAUCGUUCCGUAGAGAAUUGUGUCCGAGCCUGCCAGGCUGCCACAGAGGACACAGAACUGCUCAAGCAGGUCAGUGCAGCUGCCAGCGUGGUGAGCCAGGCCUUGAAUGAGCUCCUGCUGCACGUCCGCCAAUUUGCUAGCCGAGGGGAGCCCAUCGGGCGUUACGAUCAGGCCACCGACACUAUCAUGUGCGUCACCGAGAGCAUCUUCAGUUCCAUGGGGGAUGCUGGUGAAAUGGUCCGCCAGGCUAGGGUCCUAGCUCAAGCUACUUCGGAUCUCGUGAACGCCAUGAGGUCAGAUGCCGAGGCAGAGGUUGACAUGGAAAACUCCAAGAAACUCCUGGCAGCUGCUAAACUUCUGGCUGAUUCCACAGCCCGGAUGGUUGAAGCUGCAAAGGGAGCUGCAGCAAACCCAGAAAAUGAAGACCAACAGCAGAGGCUUCGCGAAGCGGCUGAAGGCCUUCGGGUAGCCACCAACGCAGCUGCUCAGAAUGCCAUUAAGAAGAAAAUUGUCAACAGAUUAGAGGUUGCAGCCAAGCAAGCAGCCGCAGCUGCAACUCAGACCAUUGCAGCCUCACAGAAUGCAGCCAUUUCCAAUAAGAACAUGGCAGCCCACCAGCAACUUGUCCAGAGCUGUAAGAAUGUUGCUGAUCACAUUCCACAGCUCGUUCAGGAUGUGCGGGGAAGCCAAGCCCAGGCAGAGGACCUGAGUGCUCAACUUGCCUUGAUAAACUCCAGCCAAAUCUUCCUCCAGCCCGGGAGCAAAAUGGUAGCCUCAGCCAAAGCAGCAGUGCCUACAGUGGCAGACCAGGCUGCGGCGAUGCAGUUGAGCCAGUGCGCCAAGAAUCUUGCCACCAGCCUUGCUGAGCUAAGAACAGCCUCCCAAAAGGCACAUGAAGCGUGCGGACCCAUGGAAAUUGACUCUGCUUUAAACACUGUCCGAACGCUCAAAAAUGAGCUGCAGGAUGCAAAGAUGGCAGCUGUUGAUGGGCAGCUGAAACCACUUCCAGGAGAAAUGCUUGAAAAAUGUUCUCAGGACCUUGGAAGCACCUCCAAGGCAGUCGGUUCAUCAAUGGCCCAACUGCUGACAUGCGCAGCGCAAGGCAACGAACACUAUACAGGGGUUGCUGCCAGGGAGACAGCACACGCGUUGAAGACAUUGGCGCAGGCGGCACGGGGCGUUUCAGCAUCUACCAGUGACCCGACAGCAGCACACGCAAUGCUGGACUCGGCAUGGGAUGUUAUGGAAGGCUCAGCGAUGCUAAUCCAAGAAGCAAAGCAGGCUCUGGCAGCUCCUGGUGAUGCAGAAAGCCAACAGAGGCUCGCCCAGGUGGCCAAAGCUGUCUCCCAUUCGCUGAACAACUGUGUGAACUGCCUUCCUGGCCAAAAGGAUGUAGAUGUAGCAUUGAAGAGCAUUGGUGAAUCCAGCAAGAAAUUGCUUGUGGAAUCGCUGCCUCCCAGUUCAAAAUCAUUCCAAGAAGCCCAGAGCGAACUCAACCAGGCUGCAGCUGACCUGAACCAGUCGGCAGGUGAGGUCGUCCAUGCAACACGGGGCCAGAGUGGGGAGUUGGCAGCUGCCUCCGGAAAGUUCAGUGAGGAUUUUGAUGAGUUCCUUGAUGCUGGGAUUGAAAUGGCUGGGCAAGCUCAGACAAAAGAGGACCAAAUUCAAGUCAUCGGGAACCUCAAGAAUAUCUCCAUGGCUUCCAGCAAGCUGCUUCUGGCGGCCAAGUCUCUGUCGGUGGACCCAGGUGCUCCCAACGCCAAGAACCUCUUAGCAGCGGCUGCAAGGGCUGUGACUGAGAGUAUAAACCAGCUCAUCAGCUUGUGUACUCAACAAGCUCCUGGCCAAAAAGAGUGUGACAAUGCUCUCCGGGAACUGGAGACGGUUAAAGAGAUGCUGGAAAAUCCCAACGAACCAGUUAGCGACCUCUCUUACUUUGAUUGCAUUGAAGGUGUUAUGAAAAACUCUAAGGUGCUAGGAGAGGCGAUGGCUGGGAUUUCUCAGAACGCCAAAACAGGGGACCUCCCAGUCUUUGGCGACUGUGUUGGGGUGGCUUCCAAGGCCCUUUGUGGUCUCACUGAAGCCGCAGCUCAGGCUGCUUACCUGGUUGGCAUUUCUGAUCCCAACAGCCAGGCCGGUCAGCAGGGUCUUGUUGAUCCUAUCCAGUUUGCCAGAGCCAAUCAAGCUAUCCAAAUGGCAUGUCAGAACUUGGUGGACCCAGGGAGUAGUCCAUCCCAGGUCUUAUCAGCUGCCACCAUUGUGGCAAAGCACACUUCUGCUCUGUGUAAUGCCUGCCGUAUUGCUUCCUCCAAGACGGCCAACCCUGUCGCAAAAAGGCACUUUGUCCAGUCUGCGAAGGAGGUGGCAAACAGCACAGCCAACUUGGUUAAAACUAUCAAGGCUUUGGAUGGUGACUUCUCAGAAGACAACCGGAAUAAGUGCCGGACUGCCACAGCCCCAUUGAUUGAAGCUGUGGAAAACUUGGCAGCCUUUGCAUCGAACCCUGAGUUUGUCAGCAUUCCAGCCCAGAUCAGUGCUGAGGGUUCUCGUGCACAGGAACCCAUCUUGACUUCCGCCCGCACUAUGCUGGAGAGCUCAUCAUCUUUGAUCAAAACUGCUCGCUCACUGGCAAUCAACCCCAAAGACCCUCCCACUUGGUCCAUUCUCGCUGGGCACUCACACACUGUGUCCGAGUCCAUCAAGAGCCUCAUCACUUCCAUUAGAGACAAAGCCCCAGGCCAGCGGGAGUGUGACUACUCCAUUGAUGGGAUCAACAGAUGCAUCAGGGACAUUGAACAGGCCUCCCUUGCUGCUGUCAGUCAAAACCUGGCUAUGAGGGAUGACAUUUCUGUUGAGGCCUUGCAAGAGCAGCUGACCUCAGUCGUCCAGGAAAUUGGGCAUCUUAUUGACCCCAUUGCUACGGCAGCUCGAGGUGAAGCCGCUCAGCUUGGGCACAAGGUGACGCAGCUAGCCAGUUAUUUUGAGCCUCUGGUUCUUGCCGCUGUUGGAGUGGUUUCCAAGCUGAUGAAUCACCAGCAGCAAAUGACCUUGCUGGACCAGACCAAGACUCUGGCGGAAUCCGCCCUCCAGAUGCUCUACGCAGCCAAAGAAGGGGGAGGAAACCCUAAGGCUUCGCACACUCACGAUGCUAUCACAGAAGCUGCCCAGCUGAUGAAGGAAGCAGUAGAUGAUAUCAUGGUUACCUUGAAUGAAGCUGCCAGCGAAGUGGGCAUGGUGGGGAAUAUGGUGGACUCCAUCGCUGAAGCCAUGAGCAAGCUGGACGAGGGCACACCACCAGAGCCCAAUGGAUCUUUUGUUGACUACCAGACCACCGUUGUCAAAUACUCCAAAGCUAUUGCGGUGACAGCCCAAGAAAUGAUGACAAAGGCGGUUACUAAUCCAGAGGAGCUGGGAGGACUCGCUUCACAAAUGACCACGGACUAUGGACAUUUGGCUUUCCAGGGACGAAUGGCAGCUGCUACUGCAGAACCAGAGGAGAUCGGCUUCCAGAUCAGAACACGGGUUCAGGAACUUGGCCACAGCUGUAUCUUCCUGGUCCAGAAGGCUGGAGCUCUACAGAUAUGCCCCACAGAUAGCUACACCAAGAGGGAGCUGAUAGAAUGUGCUCGGGCAGUCAGCGAGAAGGUAUCCUUAGUGCUGUUGGCUCUCCAGGCAGGCAACAAAGGCACGCAGGCAUGCAUAACCGCUGCUAGCGCCGUCUCAGGCAUCAUUGCUGACCUAGACACCACCAUCAUGUUCGCCACAGCCGGGACACUGAAUGCCGAGAACAAUGAAUCCUUUGCAGACCACAGGGAAAAUAUUCUGAAGACGGCAAAAGCUUUGGUUGAAGACACCAAGUUGCUGGUCUCUGGGGCUGCUUCAAGCCAGGAGAAGCUGGCUCAAGCAGCCCAGUCAUCGGCGAACACCAUCACUCAGCUGGCCGAGGUUGUGAAGCUGGGGGCCGCUAGUCUGGGAUCAGAUGACCCAGAGACACAGGUUGUGCUAAUCAAUGCUAUUAAGGAUGUUGCAAAGGCCUUGUCAGAUCUCAUUGGGGCCACCAAAGGAGCUGCAAGCAAGCCAGCGGACGACCCAUCCAUGUACCAGCUCAAAGGAGCCGCAAAGGUAAUGGUAACCAAUGUCACAUCACUUCUGAAGACUGUGAAAGCUGUGGAAGAUGAAGCUACGCGAGGAACAAGAGCACUGGAGGCUACGAUUGAGUAUAUCAAACAGGAACUCACGGUUUUUCAGUCAAAGGAUGUUCCCGAAAAGACCUCAUCACCCGAAGAAUCAAUCCGGAUGACAAAAGGCAUCACCAUGGCGACAGCCAAAGCUGUAGCGGCUGGGAACUCAGGCCAACAGGAGGAUGUGAUUGCAACAGCCAACCUGAGCCGCAAAGCCGUGGCAGACAUGCUGACAGCUUGCAAGCAAGCUUCGUACCACCACGAUGUAAGUGAAGAUAUUCAGGCAAGAGCACUGCGCUAUGGAACAGAAUGCACCCUGGGAUAUCUAGAGCUCCUGGAACAUGUUCUUAUGAUUCUCCAGAAGCCCACUCCCGAGCUGAAGCAACAGUUGGCUGCCUUGUCAAAGAGGGUGGCUAGUGCUGUCACAGAGCUCAUACAGUCAACCGAAGCAAUGAAAGGCACUGAAUGGGUAGAUCCAGAGGACCCCACAGUUAUUGCUGAGACAGAGUUGCUGGGAGCAGCCGCUUCCAUUGAAGCUGCUGCGAAGAAGUUGGAGCAGCUGAAACCAAGAGCCAAGCCCAAGCAGGCAGAUGAAACCCUGGAUUUUGAAGAACAGAUCCUCGAAGCAGCUAAAUCCAUUGCAGCUGCUACCAGUGCCCUUGUCAAGUCAGCGUCUGCAGCUCAGAGGGAGCUGGUUGCCCAGGGAAAGGUUGGAGCCAUCCCUGCCAAUGCAGCUGAUGACGGACAGUGGUCUCAGGGACUUAUUUCUGCUGCCCGAAUGGUGGCUGCUGCCACGAGCAACCUCUGCGAAGCAGCCAACGCCUCAGUCCAAGGCCACGCCAGUGAGGAGAAACUGAUCUCCUCCGCAAAGCAAGUGGCAGCUUCCACGGCACAGUUGCUGGUGGCAUGUAAAGUGAAAGCUGACCAGGACUCGGAGGCCAUGAGGAGACUGCAGUCUGCAGGGAAUGCCGUCAAACGUGCGUCAGACAACCUGGUCAGAGCAGCCCAGAAGGCGGCCUUUGGUAAAGCUGAUGAUGACGAUGUGGUGGUGAAGACAAAGUUUGUGGGAGGCAUUGCACAGAUCAUUGCAGCACAGGAGGAAAUGCUGAAGAAGGAACGCGAGUUGGAAGAAGCAAGGAAGAAACUGGCCCAGAUCCGCCAGCAGCAAUACAAAUUUCUCCCUACUGAACUACGGGAAGAUGAAGGCUAAUCUUUCUCUGUUGGUUUUGCUUGAAAGAACCCUGAGCUGAAGGGGCAUGUGACGAAGAAACUCUUCCAGGCACUUCCUAAAAUAGGUUUUGGGGCUGCAAGAGGAAGAGAGGGUGGGCUGUUCUUUCUAGACUCUUCAGCUGCGGUGCAUUGGUACAUUGAUGGUACACUGUUACGGUCUCCCCCUGCCCUGCCCACAUUUGCUGUAUCUCAGGAGAGAGAGCCUCAUCUUUUACACAAGAGGUUAUAAAGUCAGUAUUAUAUCAUAA